AUGCGCAAGCUGCAAAUGUUGGGAACGACUGAGGUUGUGGAUUUUCGUGGCUCGGAAUUUCACUGGGCAUGCCGGUUCUCAGCAGCACGGGUACAGGGGUGGCAGGUGCUUGACGAUGCGGGGGACUCGAGGUCAUCCAUGUUGACAUCGCUACUGGGCUUGAGUGUUUCCCCAGUUUUUCAGCUUGUGGCCAAGCAAGACGAGUCAACGGUGGCUCCUGCCUCGAAGCGGCCGCGCCUUGAAGACAACAAGUCACCACUGCCUGCUGGUGAGAUGAUCAGUUCUCCGUCGACGCUGUGCCGAUAUGUGGUGGCAAAAGAUGUGGACUUUGCUGAAUCAAGGGACUUCAUUGAAGUGAUUGCAGCUUUGGCUCGGACUCCGAUGAGCACAUUUACACUGUGCAUCGCAGAUGAUUACGGUGGCAGAGAUGUGGACUUAUGCGCUGUCGUGGAGAACGGUGGCUUUGCGCUGAACGCUCUGCUCCGUGGACGCGUCGUGUGCCAAAUGCCUGACGAAGUUCGAUCUUCAUUGACUUUCGCGAAAAUCGAGCUCGAUACUUUGCUGCUGGAUCUACUCGGGUUUAUUGGCGGCGAGCUGCGCACGCUAUCAAUCCAAUUGGACGAGUGGGACCCUGAUGAAGAAAUCGAGCUCGAUACUUUGCUGCUGGAUCUACUCGGGCUUAUUGGUGGCGAGCUGCGCACGCAAUCAAUCCAAUCGGACGAGUGGGACCCUGAUGAAGAGUACGAUACCGAACACGUUGCCGAUAUCGAUUUGUGUGCGCUGGCAGUCGUUUGCCCGAAGCUGGAAGUUCUCCAGCUUGUAUGCUUCGACGUGGUCGUGCAAUCAACUAACAGCGAUGCGUUGUGCAAGUGGCCCAUCAAGAAGAUGAAUAUCAUCAACAGUGAAAAUGUACCCAACCUGGGGCCAUAUCUGAGCAACCCAGCAACGCGAAUAGCCCGGGGGCUGACUGAGCUGAGAGCGUCUCGGCUGGAUGGCGAGGAGUUCGCUGGAGCAGAGAGAGAUGUGCUGGAAGCUCACGACGGGGAGUGUCUGCCUAUCGCCAAGGAGAAAUUUCCGACAGAGGCUAAGGUUGCCAUGCUGAGCACUAUGAGAGGGGGCGGGGCGGCGAGUGACCCAGAAGGAAAGCAGCCAGCAACACCGCGCCUGGCCGAGACGAGGAACUUAGCGUAA